GCUCAAGCAAGACGUUCAAAACCGUACAGAAGCUAUUGAAUGGGUCUAUCUGCAUCUGAGACACGGCGGCAAAGGCCUUCGAGGCGGACACAACGCUCAACUUCCCGCAUCUUCUCCAGGUGCCUGCUAUGAGCCUAUUCAUCUGCCGGCCAUGUAUUUUGCACUGCAACUUUUGCUCAUCUUGGGCAAUGACCUUUCACAUCUGGACGCUAGUCUUCUGAUGUCUGAGGUCGCCGCCUUGCAGCUCGCUGAUGGAUCAUUUCCAUCAGCACAAGGCAACCUUGACGCAGACACAAGGUUCACAUACAUGGCGUUUGCAAUUCGCUAUAUCCUUCAACAUCUCGUUAAGGAGCCUACUACAACAGACUUCGAUACUGAAAAAGCUCUUCUGUUCGUCAGCCACUGUCGUAAUUAUGAUGGUGGAUUCGGAGGCUGUCCGGGCGCAGAAUCACAUGCCGGUCUGACAUGGUGUGCCCUUGCCGCCAUUCAUCUGCAUGAACCGCACAGACUAAUAGCACAAGACCCAUCCUACACACAGACGAUCCAUUGGCUCCUGCAGAGACAAAAUGCCGAUGGCGGAUUCAAUGGCCGUUUCGGCAAAGUCAGUGAUGUGUGUUAUUGCUUCUGGAUCACAGCGAGCUGCUGCAUUCUUGGCGUUGCAGACUUGCUAGACCAAGAUGCACUCGCCGCGUACUUUGAAACGUGUCAGACUCCCUAAGGCGGGUUUGAGAAAGCAAUUGGACAGCCACCGGAUCUGUAUCAUGCGUUUCUCGGGUCUGCGUAGCGAGCCGCAGUUUCCUCGACGCGUCUUCUAUUGCUGUGGCUCUAUCACUUUCUCAGGAAACGGCCAUCAAGCAUCGCUAUGGUGUGUAAGCCCGUAUCGUUAAGUACGAUUAAGCGUUCUAUGACUAUGCAAAGAUUACUCUCUCAUUUACGCCCAGCCGUAUAUUCACUGUUCACAGCAUGCUUCGUCGAUGCUCGAUCCAGCGACUGGUCGUGACAAUCACAAAACUUCCCUCCUCACCAGCUUGAC